GCCAUGUCUGGACGCGGCAAGCAGGGCGGCAAGGCUCGCGCCAAGGCCAAGACCCGAUCCUCCCGGGCCGGCCUGCAGUUCCCCGUGGGCCGUGUGCACCGCCUCCUCCGCAAGGGCAACUACUCGGAGCGGGUGGGCGCCGGCGCCCCGGUGUACCUGGCGGCCGUGCUGGAGUACCUGACUGCCGAGAUCCUGGAGCUGGCCGGCAACGCGGCCCGCGACAACAAGAAGACGCGCAUCAUCCCGCGCCACCUGCAGCUGGCCAUCCGCAACGACGAGGAGCUCAACAAGCUGCUGGGCCGCGUGACGAUCGCGCAGGGCGGCGUCCUGCCCAACAUCCAGGCCGUGCUGCUGCCCAAGAAGACCGAGAGCCACCACAAGCCCAAAGGAAAAUGAGCUGCUAAUUCGACCAAAAUCACUCCAAAAGUCAGACCAACGGCUCUUUUCAGAGCCAUCCACAAA